AUGGCGCAGGGCAGCGCUGCUAUGGCCGCUGCAGCGUUCUUCGCCCUUCUCGCCGUGGCCCCGCUCCUGUGCGCGCCGGCCGCCGCGGAGCUGGUCCGGCUGGAGCACCUGGCCAAGAACGACGGCUCGCUCAGCCUGCUCGUCGUCGGCGACUGGGGCCGCAAGGGCACGUACAACCAGUCCAGGGUCGCCCAUCAGAUGGGCAAGGUUGGGGAGCAGCUCAACAUCGACUUCGUCAUAUCCACCGGGGACAACUUCUACGAGAACGGCCUGACGGGCACGGAUGACCAGGCGUUCGAGCAAUCCUUCACCGAUAUCUACACGGCGAAGAGCCUGCAGAAGCCGUGGUACCUGGUACUGGGAAACCAUGACUACAGGGGUGAUGCGCUCGCACAGCUGAGCCCAGUCCUGCAAAAGAUCGACAGCCGAUUCAUCUGCAUGAAAUCAUUUAUCGUUAAUGCAGAAAUUGUGGACUUCUUCUUUGUUGACACCACUCCGUUUCAACUCAAGUACUGGACUCACCCUAAAGAUGAUCACUAUGACUGGAGAGGAGUGGCACCGCGAGAAAAAUACAUAAACAAUUUGCUCAAGGAUUUGGACGAGGCCAUGAAGAAAUCAUCUGCGGCGUGGAAGAUUGUUGUGGGCCACCAUACCAUGAGGAGUGUCAGUGAUCAUGGCGACACUAAGGAGCUACUGCAACUACUGCUUCCAGUCCUCCAGGCCAACGGCGUGGAUUUCUACAUCAAUGGGCAUGACCACUGCCUGGAACACAUUAGCAGCAGAGACAGUCCAAUUCAAUACUUCACAAGCGGAGGUGGUUCCAGAGCAUGGAGAGGAUUCUUCCAGCCAAAUGAAGACAAGCUCAAGUUCUUUUAUGAUGGGCAAGGGUUCAUGUCCCUCCAGCUACAGCAGGACCAAGCUGAAUUCACCUUCUACGAUGCUGAUGGGAAUAUAUUGUAUCAGUAUUCCCAGUGGAGUUUGAGAGAAACAUAUCUACGACCCAGCUAUGUCGCAAAAGAAUGA